AUGCUCCAAUACAGUAUAAUUCCAUCAGCUGCUCCCCUUCAUGUUGCCACUAAUGCUUGUUGUCCAUUCUCUCAGUCCUUUGAGGGCCGUUCGAUUUGCGAGAAUGAGCGAGGAAGGGUGGCAUCAGCAGCUGCGCCGUCCUUCGCAGCGCACAUAGCGCCGCGACCAACGCCGCCAUUGCCGCAACGGUCAUUCUUCCCCAAAUUCCCUCCUCUUCCGCCCCCUCCUCCCGUUCCCCCCAUGGAGCGCACAUUUUCCGCCAGCGGCCGCCACAAUCACCCCACGUUCGGCUCCCCCGCCCUCCGCCCUUCCGCCUCCCCCCUCUUCACCCACGCGUCCCACGCCACCGCUCGAUCCCCGCCGCAGUCCCCGUCGUAUUCCCUGCCGUAUUCCCCGCCGUAUUCCCCCCCCUACUCCCCAAGCUCCCCCUCCAAAGGCCCCUUUCCCCAAGCCUCCCCGCGCCUUAGAUGCCUAUAUAUAGCGAUUCUGAUAGUAGUCUCGUACAAUCUAAGUUACGUAGUGGAGCAUUUAACUCUGUCUUUAUUAGGCCGCCCUAACGCGUGGUCGCGCGGCGGCGCGAAGGGCGGGGAGGACGAGUACGGCGCAUACGGCGCGGACACGGCGCUUUAUAACGCGCUGUCCGCGGCUAUUGAUAGCGGGGAUGACCCGCCCACGCUGGCGUCUUUCACGCCGCCCGACCUGCCCGAAUGGAACCCUAACGACGUGCAAGUGGAGGUGCCGGUGGUGUUCUACCAUGGCCGCCCGGGAGCCUCGCCCUGCCAUAAGUCACAUUAUGUCUAUAAAGUAGUCUCCGAGGCGCGCAAGCACAACAACGCGGUGCACUUCAUCGGCCCUCGGGAAUGCCGGCAGUUCUUCUUCCACAUGGGGGUGGCCUUCGAGGAGCAUGCGGAGUACGAGGAGGUGUACGAGUGGUUCAUCCGCAACCUUGGCACCCCAGUCGAUGUGCAUGUGCGCUGGUUCAUACUAAAGAAGUUCAUGGAGCGGCACAACUACGGCCGCAUAUUCCACCUCGCCACUGGAGUCAUGCUCUUCACUCACUGUUGUUCUGUCCGUUGGUUCAUCCUAAAGAAGUUCAUGGAGCGCCACAACUACGGCCGCAUAUUCCACCUCGCCACCGAAGUCAUGCUCUUCGCCAAUGCCUCCCAGGUGGCAGCAUGGCUAUUCCCCAACUCUGAUCUCGCUCUCCCUGCACGCUGGCCCAGCAUCAGACCUCCGUUGAGGCCCACUCAGUACUCCUCUGCAGGAGUGGGAACGCACAUAGCCCUCAUGUCAUACGCAGCGCUGGUCGACUGGUGUCUCUUCCUGCACGCCGUCUUUGACUCGGCUCUGUUCGGAGGAGACAAGGACACCCAGGACCUCGUGCUGCUGCCCUCAUAUGUAGACGUGACCAUCAUGGGGUGGUACACGUUUGCAGGCUGCUGGCUGCAGGGUAGAGCGGUGGAGUGCAGUAGAGAAGGCUUUAGAGCUUGGGUGGAGCCUCCGUGUGUCUCAGGCGUGAAACCAGAAACCGCCAAGGCACUCCGCAAACGUGGCAUUCAACCCCGUUUCCGCGUGCAGUCCCUCUGCCAGCCGCGGCGCUGCCUCAACUCCUCCUGGUCCGACCCCGGCCUCUGCGUCUUUGACAAUAACUUCUCGCUCACGCCCGGCCGACCGUUCUUCAAGUUUAAGACCGGGGACAAGAGUCCGAGCACGAUGCACUAUGGGUUUUACCGCGGGUGGGAGGAGGAGGCGCAGAGUGAGCCGGUGCAGUUCCUGGCGGUGCAUUUCAUGCAUCGCAAGAAAGAGUUUCUGAGUACCAAGUUUCCGCCUGAACCGGAGAAGUCGUGGGGUAGUGCGAGCGAGUAG